UUCACAGAAGAAUGCAAUUUUAAGACAGAGUAGAAUCACAUACCUUAAGAGACGACCAUAAUUUUUUUAUAUAUGAAUUCAAAGAUUGAUUAAUUUUACCCUUGAAGAUUUUAUACCAUAAUAGUUGAAGAACACUAAAGACUAUUUUCUCAAUAAAUAGCGUCCUCACUUCUACGAAUAUAGCACAAAGAGAUAAAGAUCAUUUCUGAAUCCUUAAAAAAAUUAAAGAAAAAGAUUUUGUUAUGUCUUCUUCAACCUCUUCCACACCGCAACCGGUUGUCAUCGAGGCCAUGGAGGAGUCCAAGGAGAUAGCAGCAGAGAGCAACAAUCUGAGACUAGGGUCUCCUCAGGAGGCUAUGUCCAGAAGUGAGAACCCUAGUUUCAGAUCCGAUCCUGUCCGAACAGGAAGUGAGAUCAUGAAGUUUUACCCAUCAAAAUCAAAUAAGAUCUACACUUGUCACUUUUGCAACAAACGGUUCUCAACCUCUCAAGCCCUAGGUGGCCACCAGAACGCACACAAACAGGAGCGAGACUGGGACAAGAAGCGUAAGGAGAUGGAAGCAAACUUUCCCGGACUCUCCUUUUUGAGCCCUUACCUAGACAAGCCUCAUUUGCUAUUAGGUGGGUAUUCACAAGAUGCUUUAUCAAAUGAUAAUCAUCUUGGGAUCACUCUUGAACCUGUACUCAAACGUACAAGAACCGGAUUGUACCCAUCGUUCAGUGGUGGUCUCACCAACGUGGCCAUAGUCCCUCGCAUGACUCCUACCCGCUUCUUCACUGGGACCACUUGUAACAAUGGUUCUUCUUCAGUGGGACUUGCACCAAGACCCUCUUACAACAACAAUCCCCCGAUGAUCCCUAGAAACAUUCCUCCUUUUCCACCUCCUCCUCGAACCACCAAUCUCUCUAGCGUUUGCUAUUCUCAAAAGAAUGUAUUGAGCGAAGAGAAUCUCAUCUCAAAGGUAGGGAAUGACAAGAUCGUCGAGAUUGAUGAUGAUGAUGACCAGACAGAAGAAGGGAAAUCUAAAAGCUGGGGCAUUGAUUUAUCUCUAUCCCUUUGAGUAAUAUUGUAUGUGUGUUUAUUUGGUUUUCAUUUUCAGGUAUCAUAGCUAUUAGAGACCUCUCUCCAUAUACCUCAUCUCUGUCUAUGAAUAUUAUUGUUGUUCUCCUUUUUAUUGUAUUUCAGUUAAAAUGUUCCUUUGUCUGUAUCAUCUCUUCAUCUUCUAUUAAUAUCUCAUUGUGUCUUGGUUUUUUUUUUUUUAAUCUCUGAUUUUCUUUUUUAUUGUUGUGAUUUAUAUAUCGUGAGUCUUAAAAAAAAUUAGAUAAAUUAUAUAUCUCAUAUAUGUAGGGAAACGGAUAAAAAAAAACUAGUCAUUCGUGCAAGUUAGUCAAGCUAUUAGUAAUAGCGUUGAAUAUAUUAAGGAAGGGAACGCAUGAAGAAAUAUGAGUAUAGAGUUCUUUUUUAUCUAUAAUAAUAUAUGUUCAUUGUUUCACGUAAGAUGAGUUUAUUCGAGAUUCAGGAUGGAUGUAUAUUACAAUGUACGCACCAUAGGUUAUAUAUAAAGAAGACCUUCGCUAAUCGCUACUAAAACAAAACGAGAUGCAUCAAAUCAAAUGUAUUAUAUUCGAAAAUAGAGCAUGCAUACGAUGCGAAAUGAUUAUAUUGUUUAGCUUAUAAGGUUAUAUUAGAGCAAUGUCCAAGAAUAGAACUUGCAUUUACGAUGGAGCGUUUUGUAUAUCUUUAAAAAGUAAGUUGAAGAGACCGUGUUGACUCAAAUUUCCCAAAAAAGUAGAGUUUUUAUGCUAAUCAGAAAAAUAUGUGCGAAAAAACUAUUAGGAACAACUUAUAUUUCAUAUCCCUAAAGCCAAUCGAAUAUUAUGAACCAAUGCGUUACUCCAUGAUUUGAAAAGUAACUUUGCAAACCAUACUUCUGGUUUGAUUUUGCAGAUGUUUCCUCCUAAGUAUAAAUGGACAAAAAUUCCAAGGAUGAUCAAUAGUAAAGCCAUGUUCAGCGAACAAACGCUGCGGCAAGCGACGGCAAUAAAAAUAUACAAAACGUAGCUAUAGGAUGUUUAUGUCUCAAUACAUGAACUGAAGUCUCAAGAUAUGAUAUUGUCGUAUAUUAUUACAUGAGAACGCACCUUAUAUAUGUCGUUAUGAAAAGAAAAUUAAUGGCAUGCAUCGAAUGAGUUCAUAUUCUAAGCAAAGAGCAUAAAAUAUGCAAAGUGAGUCUCUAUUCAGGGAAUGUAAAAAGAAUAUACAUUACCUUAGACGGCAUGAACACCAUUCUAUCAACAAUCGUACCUUUGAUUGAUAAGUGAAUACUUUGGAGACUAUAACUUUUUUUUAUUGAUGAAAUGUUAAAUUUAUUAAUCAUCAAGAAAGAAUAUAUGUACAAGGUUUAAUCAUUUGUAAAGAAUAAUGAAAAAAAACAAUCCCAAAAAUUUGUCAAACGAGCAAUCAAUAUGUCACGUAGGGUGUCCUUCUAACCAACGACGCAUCAACCCUUGCAAAUUUGGCUUCUUUGAUAGUUUGUAAAAGUGAUUUGAUUCCUGAUUGUGUUGUCAAUCAACUUGGCAAGCUGAUUCGCCGGUCUAGAUGGGUUAUGCCUAGCUCCGUUUACCUGAAAUGCAAGGUGAAUGAGAAUAUAGGAGAGUACAUCAUAGGUACCAGAAACUAGCAUGGACGCCGUAAUAUCCCAAUCUGAGUUUGGCUCGGCGGCCAAUAGGUUUUCCACCACGACCAUCCAUAAAGUGAAGGUAUAAGGACAAGCAAAGAAGAAGUGAUAUCAUCUGGCUCCCCACAAAAUAAACAACCUUUGACCAGACUCCAACUAUGCAUCCGGCUUCCAGCAGACAGUCUAUCCUUGAUUGCCAGCUAAGCGACAAAAGCAAACUGUAGAACACAAUGAGAAGACCAAAUAAUUUUACUCCAUUGCUUUUUCUCCUGACAAUGCCUUAGUUGGUUCCAAAUUUCAGUGGUCCUGAAAUGAUCACGAUAAUCAUCCUCACCUCUUAUCAUUAAUACACCAUCGUUACCAUUCGUUACCAAAGUCAUCAAAAACUACUAAGUCUCAUGUACAAGAUGUUGAAUGUGGCGGUCAACAGUUCUGAAACCUCUAUUCAUUCCUGACAAUAACAUCAACAGUUCCAAGUUUUGGGUGCCAAUCUCACAUGUGAUAUCAAUGAGCCUCCCCAUUGGGUGCCAUAGGCCUGUCCAAAACCUCAUUGUACAACCAGUCUAGAUACUCAUAUGAAAGAAGGACUUUGCAAGCUGACGGAGUUUGAGGAGUUUCUCCCAAAUCCAAGAUCCAACUGUUUACGACUUACCACAGUUUCAUCAUAACCUUUGGUAUAAAAAGUUAACAGUGGCUUUGUUAGAGCAUUCUCAAUGGUAUAUUCACAAGAAUAUCUAACCCAAUAUAAAACUAAUAUUUUUAUUAAAUUUAUUUGUAUAAUUAAAAUUUAAAUCAAUCAUCACUUGACAUGUGUGAAUGAUUUUUCACAAAUUAUUUUGGGAUAUCUCAGAUGAAACACUCUUUUUGUCAGUUUUAUUUUUAUUUUUUUAUUUUAUUUUUUGAAAAAGAAAAGGGUUUGAUGGAGAUUUGAUCGGUGGUGAUGACGAUAGAGACCAACUAUGCUGCAAAACUUUCUAAUUUUUUUUUCUUUCUUUAAUUUUAUUUUUUAAUUCUAUAUUAGAUAUAGACUCAUGGAGAUACUGCAAAUGAGAGUGCUUAGUUGUUUGCUUCACCUCUUCCUCUUUAUUUUUUUGAAGAAACUCCUCCUCUUUAUCUUUUGCAUCUUCUUUCUAUUUUAUUAUUAUGUCACGUAGAAUCAAAACGUAUCAAAAGUGUUUCACUAAUAGUAAAUAAAGUUUUUUUUAACAAAAUUUAUAACUCUUGAUUUAAAGGAACCGAUACUCACCACCCAGCAAAAUAAUCUAACCAGGGUCAUACUGAAUAUUUAAUUUCAAAAAUAAAAUGUUAUCAUAAAUCAAAAUUUUAUAAUUUAAUUUAUUUAUACAUUAAAUAAUUUUAUUACUAAUUUUAAUCAUAGAUUCAUUAACUUUAAUUUUGUAUGUGUAUUACCAAUUUUAUAAACAUAUUUCAUUUAAAAUAACAUUUCCUAAAAUCAUAAACGCUAAACAUUGUAUGCAGUAUAGUUUAUGUCUAUUAAUUUGUUAUUUAAAAUAAGAAAUGAUUAAUUAUUAAUAUUGGAUUAAAAAUAAAAUCUAAGAUUUUAAAGAAAGAAAAUACUAAGUUCUUAUCAAACUUUUUCAAUAUAUAAUAAUUAAUAUUCUAUUGAUAUAGAAAAAAUGAAAUAAAAUAAAAAUGAAUUUAUUUUAUCUUAAUGGAUGUAUUUAUAAGAUAGAUAUAAUAUAUUAUAGUUUUAUUAUUUUAUUGUUAUAGUUGGACUAAAAUUAUAGGGUUUAAUUUAAUAAUGGUACUGGAUUUGAAAUAUUUAAUAAUAAUUAAAAUAAUUGUCAAAAUUUCUUUUGCCUCGGCCGCUGAGUCGCCACCAAGCCUAAGAUGGGUAGAAUUGAAAACAAUUGUUCUCUAAUUCUAUAUUUAUCUAAAUUAUAAGUGAUCAGAACUUUAAAAAUAAAUAUUAGUAAUUUAUUAAUUUUAAAAAUAUAACCAUUAGUGUUGCUUGGAUUAUUUGGUACAUUUGGAAGACACGUAAUGAAAAAGUUUUUAAUAAUGUAGAUAAGGACCUAAAAGAUACAUUGCAAUUGACCGAAAUAAAGGUAAUACUUUAGAAGCAAACACAAUUGGGGAUAGAAAGCAGGAGAAUGAGAAACGAGGAUGUACAACCGCAUCAAUUAGUAGAUGGUGCUUUCGAAUGCCUCUUAAAAAAAAAGAUUUAUGAUAUUUAUUAUCAGGACAAGGUUGGUAUACUAUUUUGGAAAGUUUUGAAAAACUGACAGAAGCAAGAAACAUCAGAACUUUGCAUUCACAUCUCCACGCAGAGAUGAAAGUGUUAAUUACUUAAUUUGGGUGAUGGAGUGUAUGAAACAGCUACGCCAAUACUAUGUAACGUUUAUAAUAGAUUGUUCUUAAUUGAUGAAGAUAGUUUUGGAACCAUAAAAAUUGCGUUUUUUGUAGUAUAUCUAGAAGAAUUUCAAAAAUUAAAGGAUGGAUUUAC